CUCCACACCAAGAAAGGAACAAACGCCCAAACAAUAACAAAACCAGAAAACCAAACACUCACAAGACACUCGGCAAGCACUGCACCAACAAGCCGUCUAACCACUUGAUACCAUUGUAAACCGGUUACCCUGACACAGGAAUUCUCUCACACCUACCUACCUACGCGAUUGAGUGAACAAACCCCUACCCACCCACCCCACCACUCAAAGAGACAUCUUUAGCAAUGGCAAGCCACCGCAACACCAUUUUCGGCACGCAGAUCAGCAGCGGGGCCGGGUACGGUGGUGGUGCCGGUGGUGGUGGUGGUAACGGUGGUGGUGGUAAUGGCUACGGCGGAGGAGGAGGAGGACGACAGUCCAUGCAUGCCCCCGGCGCCGGCGCUUCGUUGUCGACUUCUUCUUCUUCUUCUGGACAGAAUGGCGCGGCGGUUAAGGCUAGGCAGAUUUCCCAACUCCACGCUCAAUUAACGCAACUAUCCAAUAACCUCGCCGACACCGAGAACCUCUUGCGCAUGACCAGCGUGCAGGCAGAGUGCAUGAGGGGGUUGGGGAGUUGGCAUGGUGGAUUGUUCAUGGCAGCGAGUAAAGUUCUAGGAGAAGAAAGUGUCCAGAGUGUGCAGGCUCAGCAGGUGGUUGAGCAGCAGCAGGGUGGUGGUCAAGGUGGUCAAGGUGGGCAGGGUGGGCAGCAAAGGUGAGGGUGUGGUGGAAGAUGGGGAUGAGGUUGCGGUUGGGUUGUGAACUAUGGAAACAUUCAGUUUGAACAAGCGGGAGCAAGGAGGAACAGGCGGUCAAAGCAAUCACGAUGAUACGGGAUACGGAGUUACGCGUAACAGAGCAACGAAUUAUACCAUGCCAUGAUGUAUGUUCAUGAAAGAGUAGUCACUGGAGGUUGUAGAUAUGUGUGAAGGGCCGG